CUUAAAUACAGACAUUUUCACACUCACAUCUCACUCCUUCUCCUUUCCAGAAAUCAUCUUUGUCAUCCAUCAAGAUGGCUGAAAGCACUGGUUCCUUAAGCUCGGACAGUGUGUUGGCGAUCGCCGCAACAGCUCUUCGCGCAGAUGGGGCCGCGCCGCCUAGCCUCAAGACGCCGUACGAGGCGAUCGCUCUAGUCGGCCAUGCGUCCAUGACAGCAGUCGGCUUCCGCUUAGUUGGACUUGAGGAAGACCAUACGCUAGAGAACCAAUCCGGUAGCCCCUCACUCCCCGCAGAAUGGAACGCCAACACGGCCUUUGCUUUCCGCUACGCCCACUCACAGUCAUCGAUGCAAUAUCUGCUCAAGAUCAGCCGACUUGGAAAUAAUGCUGUCAUUUUCGCCUUGGCUUUGGGCGAUGACAGAACGACAUCCUUCGAUCUUCCGGUGAAAGACUACGUCUCCGAAUCCGCGCUUCCCUUGCCCCCUACCGCCGAGGAUCUCCCAGCAGCACUUCGCGAAGCAUUUAUAUCUCCCUCUCGUAUUCAGGACUUGAUCGGAUUAUUCAAGAUCAACGUCAUCCAGAAGCUGGCGCCUGGACUGUAUAAAGAAGGCUACGAAGAUUCCGACCAGCCACAGGAGACGUUGCGCGAAAGAACUCUGGAAAGACCUCCACGCCAUGAUCCUCUACGAGACGAUCCGAUGCCCCAACCCGCUCGCCCGUACCCAUUUGACGACCCCCUGGCGGUGCCUCCCCGACGACCCGUCCCAGCUGGGGAUUUUCCGCCACCAGGAUUCGAGGAUGAGUUCGAGAUCCAGAGACCGCCUCGAGGAUACCCGGGAGGUAUGGGAGGAAGAAACCCGAUGAACAUUGGAGACCGAGAUUUGUACCCAGCGGGACUAGGCCCGAAUGAUCCUUUGCGAGGAGGUAUAGGCCCUGGGCUGGGAGGUGGCGGCGGUGGUGGCAUGCACCCCACGUUCGAUGAUCCUCUGUUUGGUGGACCUCGUGGACAAGGGUACGAUCCUCAAGCACCACCAGGAUCGCGGUAUGAUCCGGUAGGACCCGGACAAGGGGCACCGUUUGGACGAGGACAGGGGCCAUAUGGGGGACGCGGGUUUGGCGGAGGGUUCGGGGGAUUUGGUGGUGACAUCAUUUAAGCGCGGCGGCUGAGGCUUGGGGGGGCGGAAUUUUUGCAGACCAAAGUUUGUUUGAAAACUACACGGUACAUAACUAGUUAGUGCACGACGUGAUGAC